AUGGGUAAGUUACAGGAGUUAGUUGAUACAGCGGUGAGGAGGCGUGUUGAUGUCCUUUGUGUCCAAGAGACCAAAUGGAAGGGACAGAAGGCGAAGGAGGUGGAGGAUACCGGUUUCAAGUUGUGGUACACGGGGACAACUUCAAACAAAAAUGGAGUAGGCAUCUUAGUCAAUAAGAGCCUCAGGGAUGGAGUUGUGGACGUCAAGAGGCAAGGGGACCGGAUGAUCCUUGUCAAGAUGGUUGUUGGGGACUUAGUCCUCAAUGUUAUCAGCGCGUAUGCCCCACAAGUAGGCCACAAUGAGAGCACCAAGAGGGAGUUCUGGGAAGGCCUGGAGGACUUGGUUAGGAGGGUACCUAUUGGUGAGAAGCUCUUCAUAGGAGGAGACCUCAAUGGCCAUGUGGGUACAUCUAACACAGGUUUUGAAAGGGUGCAUGGGGGCUUUGGCUAUGGCAUCAGGAACCAAGAAGGAGAAGAUGUCCUGAGAUUCGCUCUAGCCUAUGACAUGGUCGUAGCUAACACCCUCUUUAGGAAGAGAGAAUCCCAUCUAGUGACGUUCAGUAGUGGUCUACACUCUAGCCAGAUUGAUUUUGUCCUCCCUAGAAGAGAAGACAAACGCGCCUGCAUUGAUUGUAAGGUGAUACCUGGAGAGAGUGUUGUCCCUCAACAUAAGCUGGCACUACAAGAAAAGUUCUGA